AUGCAACCGUUGGAGAUCAAUGCACCAGUUAUACUCUUAGUUGGAAAAACAGGUGCCGGUAAGAGUACGUUGGGAAAUUAUUUGUUAAGGAUCUCGGAAGAUGAUAAGAACGCUUUUAAGGUCUCCGAAGGUUUUGAUUCGAUGACCAACAAAUCUAGUUCCGCAAUUUACAAAAUUGGUGACGAAACUUAUAACAUCAUCGACACGCCUGGGAUUUUUGAUACCGACAAGCCCAAUGAAGAAAUCAUGGAAGAAAUCGCUCGCACCGUACAAAAAUGUGCUUAUGGAAUUAAGGCCAUAUUAUUUGUUUUGGAGGCCAAAAGAUUUACGGAUGAGCAACAUAACGUGAUCGAUGGUAUAUUGACGCUUUUCGGAGAAGAGACUUGGAACAAAAAGGUUCGCAAGCUCGUCAAUCGCAUGGGUAAUCGGUGGGCCAUUACUCCGAAUCCAGAAGACUUCCCUCCUGGUACUGAAUUGCACAAUAAAUGUUUAGAACAUUUAGAAAAUACUAUUUGUACCAUAAAUGAUAUAUAUACAAAUGAAUUGUUCGAAAAUACACGAAAGGAGCAAGAGGAACGCGCGCGGAUUGCAAGGGAAGAAGAAGAAAAGAGACAAAGAGAAUAUGAUGCAGCAGAUUACUUAAAAUGGAAGACUGAAUUUGAUAAAAGCGCAUAUAUUGCAAAUCAUACUCUCCUUAUGAAAAUUCAGGAAUUUUUAGUUGAAAAAAUGAUAAGUGAUCUUAAACGACAAGAUGAAAAAAGUAAUCAAGGUGAUCAAGAUAAAAAAAGUAAUCGAGGACGUUGUAUCAAUCAAUAG